AUGGCUGAUCAAACACGCGAGCAAGCUGCUGAGAAAGGCAAAUCUGCUGGUUCAAGUCGCCGAAACCGUCAAUCCAGCUCCGAGGAAUCGUCGAGCUCGUCAGAUUCAAGUCUCUGGGGUGCGCUGUCGAUGAGCUCCAGCGUAAGCUCGCUUGCACCGCCCUUCCCACCAUCAUCAAGGACCACAUCCUUCUCUUCCGCGAUUCGGCCCACCAGCCCCUCCAAGCCUAGUCUCGAUGUCAUUUCUGAGCUCCGAAACGAUACCAGCAAUGCUCCUCCUAGAUGGAGUAAUGAGGAGGCUAUGAUCAAGGCAGCAGCAGCACAGGAGUUGCCGGUCGUGGAAGGGCAGUAUACUAUCAGCAGCAAAGCUGUCCAUCUCAAGUAUAAUGGCGAUAACAUCUUCUUGAUCUCCAACCACCACAAUCGGCUUUUCUUUUGGCAUGCAGACAGCCGCAAACUUCGCUACAUCGAGACGCCUUACAGUCUCAUCGGUCUCUAUCGCGCCUUAGACAUGGGCCAGCUACCAAGUACCCGCGAGAUCAGACCAUGGUUGGGUUUGGAGGCCACCGAAGACGACGUCAUCCCCUGUCCACCACAGUACAAGCCUAAAAACUGGAUAUCAGAGCCCCAAUGGGUUGUAGCAGAUGAAGGGUGUUACAGCUUGAGAGAAUAUGAUCUGCAAGAUUAUCAACCAAUUCUCGCCUUCAUGGCUAAAGCUGGUGGCGAAGAUAUGAAUUUCUUCCUCUGCGGCUCAAAAUACUACAUCUACCGCAUGGAGCCCGAGGUGCUCCUCGAAAUCGUAUCCCCAGAUAUGGAGAAUAAAGAGAAUUGGCUAAAGCUAGAAAGCGCGCCGUCUCUAUCUGGCCUGCAGGUAACAAGGAACGGUAGAAUCGACAUGCUUGGUGGCCGCCCCACUAUCGCUGAGCACGACGUACCUGAAGGUUGGGAGCAACGUGAUACUGACCUGCCCAUCAUAAGUGAGGAAUGGCUUCUAGAGGAUACAGAUCCUCAUGCGAUACCAUUUAUUCUCAGCAGAAAAGACGGCACAGCACACCUUGUCGAAGUUGGGGAUGGAUAUCGUAUGUGGUAUCCUGCUGAGAAUUCGAUGCAUCAGAUUCAUGCUUUGGGCGGGCUGUCGGAAAUUCUUAAAGACAUGGAUGAUAACAAUCUACCAGAGAUGCAGCAACUUAGUCUAGGAGAUCUUUAA